UAUAUGUAUUCUAUGCCAAUCGCAACUCAAACACAAAUGUGCAAAUAUUACGAAAAUAAUCUCGAGAUCUUGGCAGUCAAAUGUUGUAACAAUUUCGCUUUUAACGGCUCCUUUGUUUUCACUAAUUUGCAACAAGUUCGUUGCCAAAGUCUUUGGCUAAUUGGGCCCCGAAUUGUGUGCAAAAAACACUCCAAGAUUCUGCCCAAUAUAUAUACGGCAUGCGGCCACCCACUGCCACACACAUUUCGGGGCAUCAUCCACUAGCAUCAUGUUGGGCUUUGUCAUCUUUCUCGUUUCGCUGGAGCUCUUUGGCCACUGCCAGGCGCUGCCGACGCGCUCCUAUUUGCCACCGGCGGCUGGGGAGAGUCCCACAACGUCAGCGCCGCUGAUUACCAAGCAGUUCUACAGCAUCGUGGCCGCUGAGGACCCGGAGGAGCUGCAGCCACGCACCAAGCACCUGCUGAUCGGACGUGCCACGCGCAACUAUCGCGUCAUCUUCAUCCGCGCGCCCAAUACACAGAACGAGGCGCUCAAGUACACGGCCGAGCUGGCGCCCCAGGAGGAGCGCACGGUCAUCUAUGUGCUGAGCCGCAAGCAGCCGGAGCUGGAGGCCCAAGAUAUAGAGCCGCCGAAGCCGCAGCAGCAGUCGCUGUCCAAGCCCGACGUCUUCUUCAUCAGAUACAAGACCAACGAGGAGGCGGCCGCUGCCCAGCGUGAGAUCCAGACGCAGUACGACGUGCUGGGCGGCAACUCGGAGCAUGCGGCGCCCUACGUGGCGCCCGUGCAGUCUGUGAUCGGCGCCCUGGAGCCCCCAAAGGCCCCGGCAGAGGCGGCCAAAGGGGCUCAGCUGGGCUACGACUAUCAGCGACCAGCAAAGAGUUUUCAUUAA